AUGGAAAAAUUAUCGGUGCAAGAGCGUUUAAACCUCGCUGCUAAAGCUAAAUCGAAGAAUAGAAAGAAGAAUAAGAGAGUUACUUCGCCCGGAGUAGCCGAACCUACUCCUGAAAUUGAUAAGGUAGAUUCACACGAUGCAGAAGGAUUGCAAAAUAAUGAAACCGAAUAUAAGAAGACUGAAGAGGAUUCUGAUGAUGCAUUAAGAGAAUUUUAUGGCAAACUCUUGCACAUGGAAACAGACAGUUUGCUUGAGUUAGAUAGCAUCACCCUUUUAAGAAAGUUAUAUCCUAUUAUUAAGGAACCUGAAUUACCGUCUUCUGAGAAUCCCUCAGAUUCAAGUUUGAUCAAACUAAUUAAGGAAAAAGACGAGAAAAUCGAAGCUCUUACUAAAGAGGGCGAGUCGCUAUCGAAGAAAGAGUUAGUACAGUCUGAUAAAAUUAAGAAGCUAAAUAAGACAAUCAAAGAAUUGGAAUCUGAUUUUGGUAUCAAACUUGAUGAACUACAGGAUGUAAAAACCCAGGUAAAUGUCUUGGAAAAUACAAAUCAAUCCUUGAUGACUUCCUUGAAAGAUACGGAGUCACAAUUAGAUAGCCUCAACAAGAAAUAUGAAAAUUUGAAAAAGGAGUAUGAUGAUCAUAUGGAUAACGAAUAUGCAACGAAAAAAGCAGAAUUGAAGAAAUUGGGUGAAGAGAACACUGUGUUGAAAGAAAAGUUAGCAGCUAUGGUGAAUAAUGAAGCCAAACUACAAAAAUCAUUCGAUACAAAGUAUAAAGCCUUAGAAGAAGUCUCAGCAGAAGAAGUUAAUAGGUUAGAAAUAAGGUUAGAACAAUUACGAAUUGAUUUGGAAAAUGCAACCACUACUUCUAAUGCUACUGGGCUAAAGAGUAGCGGUCCUGAUUUCAACUCGUACGAAAAACUCCAGUCACAAUACAAAUCCGCUGUUCAAGAACUAGAAGAAAGGAAUAAAAGCUUUGCAAGCAUUGAAUAUGCUUUAACAGAACAAUGUGAAUCACUAAAAAGAGAUAAAGCCGAAGCCGAAGGAACAAUUGAGUCAUUAAACAAUGAGCUAUCAAAUCUAAAAGAAUCACAUAGCUCAUUUAUUUCACAGGUAGCUCAAUUGACUAAAAAAAAUCAUGAGCUAACAAACAGUUUGGCAAAAGUUCAAGAUGAACUAUCAAAUAACCAAAAGAAAUUGGAGGACCUGACGGAUGAUUAUGAAACUUUAAAAAAACAACACGAAAUUCAGAAGACUCAAUUAGAGAGAGCUUUGAGCAUGAAACCAACUAUACCCACAGAGGCUCAAAGCAAAGAAUCCGAAAACUUGAAAAGAGACUCUAAUAACAAUUUUAAUUUUCUACAGGAAGAUCCAAUGACUAAAUGGAAUCUUAAUCAUGAAGGUCUGGAUAGCAUUGAUCCAUUAGAUGGAGAAGAUAUUGAUAAUAAUUCCGCGGCAAGUUUUUCUUUCGAAAAAGACCUUGAUAUACCAGAGGAAGCAGCAGAUCUUGAGUUAAUGAAAAAAGGCUCUACUGAUUUAUCUUUAAAUUUAAAUUCUACACAAUUAAGAACGAAUACAGGGCGCGAUUCGCAUUCUUACGCCAACAAUACAAACUUGCAAAUGGUUACUAAACUUGGAGGUGAGAUUAGACGUUUAGAAACAGAGUUGCUAUCGAUGAAAGACGCAUACAAUAAACUAAUGGAAGAAAAAGAAGAAGCCAACGAAGAAAUAUCUCGUUUGUUAGAGAGUAACGAAGAAGUUGAAACCCUCAAGGUUAACAAUUCCAAACUUUCACAACAAAUAGAACAAUUGGAGAAUAAACAAAGCACCCUUCUUCAGUUACUAGGAGAAAAAUCCGAACGUGUAGAAGAGUUGGAAAAUGAUGUAGCAGACUUAAAAGAUUUAAUGAGAACUCAGGUUCAACAAAUUGUUCAAUUACAAGAGCAGUUAGGAUAA